AUGGCAGCAGGUGUGGUACCGCUCGCGUACCAGAGCUCGUCGUCGUCGCCGGAGUGGCUGAACAAGGGCGACAAUGCGUGGCAGAUGACCUCGGCGACGCUGGUGGGCCUGCAGAGCAUGCCGGGGCUGGUGAUCCUGUACGGCAGCAUCGUGAAGAAGAAGUGGGCCAUCAACUCGGCCUUCAUGGCGCUGUACGCCUUCGCCGCCGUCUGGAUCUGCUGGGUGGUGUGGGCGUACAACAUGUCGUUCGGCGACAGGCUGCUGCCCUUCUGGGGCAAAGCCAGGCCGGCGCUCGGGCAGAGCUUCCUGGUGGCGCAGUCGCAGCUCACGGCCACCGCCGUGCUGUACCGCGACGGGUCCACCGAGGCGGAGAUGCUCCGCCCGCUGUACCCGGCCGCCACCAUGGUCUACUUCCAGUGCAUGUUCGCCAGCAUCACCGUCAUAAUCCUCGCGGGCUCGCUGCUGGCGCGCAUGAACAUCAAGGCGUGGAUGGCGUUCGUGCCGCUCUGGAUCACCUUCUCCUACACCGUCUGCGCCUUCUCGCUCUGGGGAGGCGGGUUCCUCUUCCAGUGGGGCGUCAUCGACUACUCCGGCGGCUACGUCAUCCACCUCUCCUCGGGGAUCGCCGGCCUCACCGCCGCGUACUGGGUGGGGCCGAGGUCGGCGUCGGACAGGGAGCGGUUCCCUCCCAACAACAUACUGCUGGUGCUGGCGGGGGCGGGCCUGCUGUGGCUUGGAUGGACAGGCUUCAACGGCGGCGACCCCUACUCGGCCAACAUCGACUCGUCCAUGGCGGUGCUCAACACGCAUAUCUGCGCGUCCACCAGCCUCCUCAUGUGGACGCUCCUUGACGUCUUCUUCUUCGGGAAGCCGUCGGUGAUCGGUGCUGUGCAGGGCAUGAUCACCGGCCUUGUAUGCAUCACCCCUGGUGCAGGCCUGGUGCAAGGGUGGGCAGCUAUUGUGAUGGGAAUUCUCUCAGGUAGCAUCCCCUGGUACACUAUGAUGGUACUGCACAAGAAAUGGUCCUUCAUGCAGAGGAUCGACGACACCCUUGGCGUAUUCCACACCCACGCGGUGGCUGGGUUCCUCGGCGGCGCCACUACUGGACUUUUUGCUGAGCCCGUCCUCUGCAGCCUCUUCCUCUCCAUCCCGGACUCCAGAGGUGCAUUUUAUGGUGGUGAUGGUGGAUCACAGUUUGGGAAGCAGAUUGCUGGCGCACUCUUCGUCAUUGCCUGGAACAUUGUUAUCACUUCCAUAAUCUGUGUUCUUAUUGGCCUAGUUCUGCCCCUCCGAAUUUCUGAUGCACAGCUGCUUAUCGGGGAUGAUGCUGUACAUGGUGAGGAGGCCUAUGCUAUAUGGGCAGAAGCUGAGCUCAACGACGUAACCCACCAUGAUGAGAGCAGACAUAGUGGCGUCGCUGUAGGAGUCACACAGAAUGUUUGA